AUUUGAGAUUUUGUUUAUGAAUUAUUAAGUGUUUAGAAAUCGUAAUUCCGUUACUACAUGGAUAACUGCUGAAACUAGAAAGACGCCCUCUGUUUCCUCAAACACUCAGCAUUUCAAGGAAACUCGUUUAUUUUGCCGUCGGGGCGGUAAUUCGAGCAUUCUUCUGUAGGCUAGGCAAUCUAUGCGGUUUCAGUAUUAUAUGGAUUAUUUUCUCAAGAUCUUAAAGGGGCAAUAAUAAUUGUAUCAAUCAUGAUACUAAGCACUGUCAGUGGCAUCCUUACAGUAAGGAUACUUCUCGCGAUCAUGGUUCAGCCUGUUGAGAACACGGUGUACACUCUGCCAUACACACCAGACUCUGCUAAAGCCUGUCGCAACAAAACAGCUGAAUACUAUAACACACUGAUAAACCUGUGCUGCAGCAAGUGUGCUCCCGGGACACGCCUUAAGAAUGAUUGCAGCACUACCUCAGACACAGUGUGUGAACCAUGUCCCAGUGGCCAAUACAGUGGGACCUUCAAUUACUUCACAAAAUGCUUCAGAUGUCCCAAGUGUUCAGAAGGCAAAGGCCUGCAGUAUGCCCAGGAUUGCUCCAGCACCACCAAAACCCAGUGUAUGUGCCAGACUGGGAAGUUCUGCAUAAUGGAACAACACCCAAACUGUAAGGAGUGUGGCAGUUAUACACACUGCCAGCCUGGCCAUGGUGUUGCCAUAGAAGGGACAACAGAUUCAGAUGUGAACUGUGCACCAUGCCCUAAUGGAACCUUCUCUGACCAGCACUCCUACACCCAGACCUGCCAGCACCACACAGACUGUGUGUCGCAGAGAAGGGGUGUACUGACUUAUGGUAACACAACCUCAAAUGCUGUGUGUGGACCUAAGGUUAGACCACCGACCCGCCCACCGACCACAAUUCCGACCUCUGGUACAGGGCAUACCACGCCAAGUCUACAGAGCCUGCAUACAGAUGGCAAAUCACCAGGCUUUGACCUUCGUAUAGUUUCAGGUGUUAUCGGAGGUGUUAUCGGAGGUGUUAUCCUGCUGCUGAUCAUAGGCACAGUCAUUUACAAGAAAGCCUUCAUAGGGUCCAGGCUUGUAUCUUCUAUAGAAGAUAGAAAUGGAAAUUGGGAGGCCAUUAAAUUUGAUAGUGACGGACCAAUGGUUCUUCAGAACAGUUCAUUCAUUACUAGCUAUCGGGAACAGCAGCAAUGUUUGAUGGGAAAGGGAAACUGCAGCAAUCCCAGUCAGGCAGAGAACAAGCAAGAUACUAGAAGGACCUGGGUGUCAGAGUGCUCCAACAGCCUGGAGGGCCUGGCAAUAGGCCCCCUUCAGUCCACUCCUCCACAGCCCAGCACCCAGCCCAGCCCUCAACCCACCAGCCCCCAGCCUACCAGUCCCUUGCCAUCUAGUCCCCUAGUUAAUGUCAACAUCACUGUUAACUACCCUGUGACCUUAGGAAAUGGGUCAUGCUCCACACCUACCAGCACCCACAUAGACUCAUCCCAGGCUGACCCUGAGCUCCCUCUAUCAAGGGAGGAGGAGGUGUAUGUCAACAUGCCACAGCAAGAGGGCGGAAAAGAGGCACUUACGGCAAUACAGGAGAGUGGAAAUGAUGUUUGAGGACUGGCAGCAGAUAGGACAGCACCAGACAAUAGAUUAUGUUUUAAUUAUGUUUUUUCACACUGGUUGUUGUCUCUGUUUUUAUAUGAUUGCUACUACUGUUGCUGACUGAAUUGGUGGAGAGACACUGUACAGAAUGACUGUUCAUGUGUCUUAGGCAUGGACUUGUCAUAAUGUGCUGUGCUGGAAAGCCUUGAGCACCUGAAUAGAUUGUCAAUGACUGUUCAAAGAAUGAUUGAUAUGUGAGUAAUGUAUGUAAUUACUGUGAAUGUUGUAAAUAUACACUGAAAUAAAAUAUAAACACAACAUGCAACAAAUUCAAAGAUUUUACUGAGUUACAGUUCAUAGAAGGAAAUCAGUCAAUUGGAAUAAAUUAAUUGGGCC